AUGAAUAUUGAUCAAGAGAAUCCUCACAAAUCUAUUUUUAGAAGGUUUUUCGAGCGGGCAGCAGAGUGUUUUGAAUACAAAGAUAAAGGAGAAUGGAUAAAACAUAUGAAAAGUAGCGUGGGUAUAGCAGUUUCUAUAAUCGCAACUGUAACAUUUUCACUCGCCACCAAUCCACCCGGUGGUGUCGUGGAAGUUAGUCUCAAUGAUGGAUCCUUUUGCUCGAAUACGACCGGAGUUUAUAUAUGUGCUGGAGAAGCUAUCUUAGCUACGUUAUAUAAAGAAUAUUAUAUUGGAUUUUUGGUAUGCAAUACAAUUUGUUUCAUUGCAGCACUUAGUGUUCUUCUCUUGCUUGUUAGUGGAAUUCCUAUUGAAAAAACAUUUCUAAUAUGGCUUUUGUCUUUUGGAAUGUGUCUCACACUCACAAGUCUUGCUCUUACCUACUUGUUUGCUGUUUUUUUGGUCACACCAGACGUCAUUUGGAAUUCUCCUAUAAAAAAUGGGUUUGGAAUUGUUAUUGUUGUUUAG